AUGCCAGUUUCUCAGAAAAUGCAUCUUCAUCUUUCUCCCGGUGAUAUAGUGAAUGGAAAUUAUGAAGUCAUUGAUGAAGUGGGAUGCGGCAACUUCGCUAAGGUUUAUCGAUGUUAUGUCCUUCAUAAUACGGCCAUGCCCAACAGCAACAGUACGGUAUCAUCGUUUAAUCAAGCAUCUCCCAGUCUGUAUAGGGCCAACAAAUCCAAAAGUGCCACGAAUGAACACCGCGACAAUAAUGAUCGGUCAUCAGAACGGACUGUAGUUGCCAUGAAAGUCAUCAAAAGUGAAGAUAAAAAAAGUGCUGUGUUUGAGCGUCGAAUGCUUCGAAUUCUGAACGAGCGCGAUAAAAAUAAGAAAGCGCGUGUAUCGAAAAUGUAUGAGUACUUCGAGUGGAAGAACUGUCCGGUAUUUAUCAUACCGCUUCAUGGGUCGUCGCUGCGCUCAAUUUGGUUAGGUACUAAUCGUGUUUCUGUAACUCGACUUAUGGUACUAGAAUUUGCAUAUGAUAUAUUAGAAACGCUUAGCUUUAUUCACUUUGAUUGCCGAAUGGUCCAUACGGAUUUAAAGCCAGAGAACAUAUUACUAGAAGGCGUACAUGUCUCUAAAUCAUCGUGUAAACACAGAUGGGUUAUUUGCGACUUCGGCAGUUCGUCCAUGUGGCGCAGAGAUAAUCUCGACUCAGAUUUGAUCUCCACGCGGCCGUAUCGCGCACCGGAGGUGAUCUUGGGAAAUAAGUGGCACUAUGCUGCAGAUAUGUGGAGUCUCGGGUGCAUUAUAUACGAAAUUGCUGUGGGACACCGCCUUUUUGAGGUUAGCGACGACAACACACACCUGCAGGUAAUGGAAAAACGGCUUGGAAAGCUUCCCAGGUCGUUAACGCAACGUUCACGGAACUCCAACAAGUUCUUCACCUCAAAAGGGACUUUUGCACACAUUUCAGAUUCCAUUCUAUCUAAAAAGCGCCCUAUGACUUCGAUCAAGGCGAUGUUUCAAAAAGAUGUCACCUUCCUAGAAUUACUCUCUGCACUUCUCACCUACGACCCGUCCAAGCGUAUCACGGCUCCAUAUGCACUUUGGUUGCCUGUGUUCGAGCCGAUCCGAAAUAGAAAGCCGAAGUCCGGGACGGCAACCACCAUCAACAAGGCUGAACACUCCCAUCCAGAGAACGAUGUUGUGUGCGUUGCGGUAGAGGACACAAAUCUGGCGUGUACUACCCGUGAUUCCGUCACGAACCCCAACGCUUUAGACACUUUGGCGGAUACCGUUCAAUGUAUGAGCCGGGAUCAUGAUUCUCUUCACGUCGGUACGAAGAAGCCCGCAUUCACGCCCCCGUCCGAAGUUCUCAACCCCCAUUGUGAAAGCAGAGGUUAUUUAUCGAGUGAACACAGUUGUAGGAUGGAAACCCAGUCGACUAGUGUCGCCUCCACGCUAUGCGAAGCGACACUGAAGCAACUCAACACCUCAGCAGUUUAUUCGAUGGGUUUGACAAACUCCUGGAAGUCUGAAGGAGAGCUGUACCGACGGAAUUCAUUCGUACAAACAGCACAUUUCCCUUCGGGCGAAAGCCUCUUAACAUCGAAGUCGUCACCCAACGAUUCAAAAUCUAUCACCGUCUCAACUGAGCUAUCCCCUAUGGAAUCUAAAACUAAACCUAGUGUCAAAAAGGUGUCCAAGGUAAACGGGAAUUCCAUUCUUGGUAUGGAUGCAUGGAUUGGUAAAGUGGAAAACCACGGUUCGCAAACCCAAAAUCGCGAGUUGAAUGUUCUCAAGGCAAAUAAUUCCAAUAACGUACAACAGCAGCACUCGUUUUCUAAUUCAGAUGCCCUGGUCCGACUCGAGAAACAGCAGCUCUCGGGGAUACCACAUGGGGAUGACUUAUCAAAUAAGGCGCAUCAUCGGGAACAUUGUAGUAUCGCUGACAAUACUCAAGCGAAAAACCUGAUAGACCGACCCCAGGAUGUCUCAAACAGAAAUACUGAACCUGAUAAACAUGAAACCACAAUCCAUCGAUCAUCAGAACACCUUGCCUCUGAGAAUCACAGUAAGCAUCGAAUAUCGCGAAUUCACAAAGAGGAUGACCAACAGUGCGCCAACUAUUCCAACAGUACAGUUCAGAGUGUCUUGUACUCGUCCUCGAAUCCUUCCUCUGAAAAUCUAUGCUGCCCCAGACCGGUGGUUCAUCGGGCGGAUUCCACCUUUUCUACGGCAAAAAUUGCGGAUACGGCCUCCAGAGAGGUCCACAGCCACGCAGCCACCUGCGAAUCGGUUUAUCCGUCUCCGGUCCUCGCAUCUGAGGGGACGGCACCUGCGAGCCCGCUCAAUCUUAGCUCUGAUGGCGCCGAUGAAAACUUCCAAAGACAGUCUAAGGAAAGGGUUAAACCCAGUAAAGCGCAGGACACCGUGGUGGUAGUGUCCAGCCCGGGAGCUUCACUCAGCUCUGUUACAAUAGCGAAUGAAUGGCGACAAAAGCCAUCGACGUCGAGGCCUCAUGACCAUGAUGACACAAAACAUCCAUCCAAAGACGUCGUUGGGGGAGCUAUGGGCCAGAGGAGAUCCUCCAUUACUGAUGAUGCCUUGGUCCCCGUCCUUGAUGACCGUAAAGCAAAGAUAAAAGUUCAGAAGACGUCCACAGGCUCCGACAUCACUCUGUUGGUCAGGAAACGCGCGGAGCUGCACAAAGAACAGCAACAACAUUCGACUUCUUUCAUCUGUGGCUACAAACCGGUGAUUGCAUUGCCCAAACAGGAGGGUGGAGUAGCUUCAGCAUUCCAAGCAGCAAAAGUUAAUUCCAGCAAGAUUGAUAAGAUUUCACUUUGUGAGAUUUCCUUAAAGACUCAGCUUGACAAAGUGUGUCUGCAGCACAGUAAAAAUGAACAUAAACUUAUAGAGAUGUCAUCCAUACCUGUCGCGAUCCCAUCGAUUACGGAGCUCACUCACAAGUGCCUUAAAAUGAAAGACAAAAAUGCAAAUGAAGGUCCUUCUUGUGGCAACGGAUCGGAAGGUGUCAGAAAGGACUCCACAACGCUCACAGACAGUAUCCCGUUGUGCAACACUUCUCUAACUUUUCACCAGCAAGACAGCUUGAUGAAUGCGGAUAUAUUGACCUACCCCAUUUCGCCUCUGCGACAGUCGUUUGAGUGCUCGAUGUAUUCCGCGGACGACGCGCAAACUAAUCCCGCAGCUGAGAUACUUAAAGCGCAAAUCCACAACAGGGAAGACUCUCGCCAGCGUAGCAUGACAGCCGGUGAGACCAGUGGGUUGAUCCUCAGACAUCGAAAGCGGAAAAUGAGCCUUUGCAUGUUGUCUUCGUCGAUGUAUAUGUCGAAGAUUACAAAAGAUUUGGGCUACUCUCUUAGUACUCACAGCACGAUGCUUCCAAAGUCGGGCUUGUGCAGCACCCUUGACUACCCCCAGUUAGGUAUGGGAAACACAAUCUUGAGGGAGUCGACUACGCCGUCUGUAAAAAGGAAGGGAAGUCCUCAACUAAGUCAUGAUUAUAUCGAAGGGAAGAUCAAUGAGGAUGUUCUGAAAAGGAUGUGCAGAAAAGGUGACAAUGGUGUAGUGGUCGCGAGUAGAACGAGUUACGCUCCAGACUUGAUAGUUGACAAAAAACGUUCUAGGAUAAUGAAGGGAGAUGCAACCCUUACCAAAACUUUGACAAAUGUCGUUGACAUCGAAAAUUCUAUGAAACCAUCUAAUAUGCAAUACACAAAACAAUAUACUAUUCAUAAGGAAAGCACUAUUAAUUGCCAGCAUGCAAUAUAUGCCGACAAGAAAAUACACGAUCAUACCAUGAGCCUUGCAGCUUCGAUUAAUAAUGAGACUUGA